AUGAAGGCAGAGGAUGUGGUGGGCACCGCAGCAAGGGACAGGUACAAGCUGAACAACUUCCGAGUGCCCAUUGAAGAUGCCGAGGUGCCGCCUGUCACAGAUGCAGCCUUCGAAAAUGUGCUCAUCCCCGGAUACAGUAGCCAACUCUUCGACGCAUGUUAUGCCUUCAUUUUUGCCAUCAACGCGUUGCUGAACAGCGGAACUGAUCUGCAGAACAUCAAGGAAGAGCUCUUGCUAAACCAGUUGAAGCAGAGCCAUUUGGGAAGCAACUUCGAGGGGAUUUCAGGACUGGUGAGUUUCGAUGAAAACGGUGACCGCUUGGCUGCCUAUGAAUUGCUGAAUUAUCGACCUACGGGAUGGACUGUGAUCGGGAGUUUCAGCGCAAAUACAGGGGAUCUGACUGUGGACACCACGCCUUACUGGCAGUUUGGUGUGUCGUCAUCGAUGCCGCCUUCGGAGACAACAAAUUGCGCUGCAGGCUACUACAAGGACGUGCUCUCCCAGCUGUGCCUCUCAUGUCCUCGGGGUUUUUCCUGCAGUGAUGGCGUGCCGCAGCAAUGCUCCCGAGGACAUUUCUCCGACCGCAGCGGUGCCGCUUUCUGCCGGCCCUGCGCCAACGGCACCUUUGCGGCGGAAAUGGGUUCGACGAAGUGCAUCAGCUGUCCGCCAGGGCCACCCGACUGGUUCUACGGCGCAACGGAAGGGCUCGAGGCAUGCGAGAAGUGUCCGAAAGGACAGUAUAUGCCGUCCUAUGGAGCCCUGAGCUGCAUCAGCUGUGGCAUGGACAUGGAGACCGAGGAGAGGGGGGCACAAGCCGUGGCCGAGUGUCGUUGUGCCGAAGGCACCUUCCUCUGCAACGGCACCGGCGGCGUCUCGGGCUGCGUUUCGUGCCCCAGGGGCCUCUGCUGUUCUGCUGGGCUGGAGCUGCCCCAGCAGAAACCCGGGCGCUGGACACCCAGACGUUCCACGGAGGUUGGUUGCGGCUUCGAGGUGCUGCAGUGUCGCAACAGCCUGGAAUGCCCAGGAUUGGUGCUGGGCAGCUGUGCUGAGGGGCGGCAGGGCGUGGCAUGUAACAACUGCAAGGAGAACUACUUUCCCGAGGAUGAUGGCACCUGCACCCGUUGUGGCCCCGUGGAUUAUUUGCCAGCCCUUCUAUGCAUCGUGGGCAGCUUGAUCAUGGUGACCCUGCUAGUGAAUUGCAUCAAGUUGGAUUUGAACCAGCAGAGCUUGAACAUGCUGACCGUGGCCGCGGUAGGUGGUCAAAUGGUUAUGGCACUUCAAACCUUGGGCUCUGUCAGGCAACUGUCCAUUGAGUGGGUGCAUCCCGUGCGCUACUUGAUCGAGUUCACCAAAAUUCUGACCUUCGAUUUGGACCUGAUCAAAAUCAGUUGCCUCUUUGGCAGAGACAGUCCCACCUUGGUCUUUGUGGGGCAACUGCUGGUGUGUCCAUUGGGUAUUGCCUUCUUCAUCGUUUGCUGGUUGAUCUCCAACUGCCGCGGUCGCAGCUUGUCGCUGGAUGCCAUCUUGAACCUCAGUGGCAUCCUGAUCUUCGCGCUCUUCAUCUCCAUUAGUCUCGUGGUGUUGGACCCCUUGCGCUGUGCCAAGAAUCCCGACGGCUCCAGGUCGAUGGUGUCGAAUCCGGGCAUUUUGUGCUUUGACUCAGACGAGCAUACGGGCCUCGUAAUCCUCGCCAUCCUGGGCAUUUUGGCGUAUCCUGUGGCGAUCCUGACAUGGGCCACCUACACCACCUUGCGCUACCCUGCGCGUGUGGCGAGUGGCCGGGGGUUACAGCUCGUCCAUCGCCAUCGUUUCCUAUUCCAAAGGUUCAAGACAGAGCGGUAUUACUAUGGAUGCUCGGCGGUUUGGUUUAUAACUACAGCUAUGCUUUAUGGUAUAGAAACCACUAUGGUUAUCUAA